AUGGGGUCAACAGCCUUUGGCAAUUUCUACGACUUUUGCAGAGACUCGACCUUGCCGGUCUGCAAUCUUCUCUCCACGAGUCACAACCAGGACGGGCCAUGGGGAGGCUGUAGAUUGACGGGGAUCCCGCUGUCUGGCGGUCGCUACUUGGGAAACCUGGGAUCGAUUCUCCUCUGUGCAGUCGCCAUCGCCACGACUGGUUUUCUGUUGCUAAAGUCGGAGAAGAAGCGGGCGGCGGUCGGCCGACGAGAGAUGCAAUUGUUUCUCUUCGUCUACAUCAUCAUCAGCAUAUGCGAAAUCUUCUCCGUCGGCCUUUUCCCUCUCAACGAAUCGGUCCGAAUAGUCUUCUCCGCCAUUCACAUUGGCAUGAUCAUCGCCGGCACGUGGAUCUUGAUGCUCAAUGCGCUUGUCGGCUAUCAGCUCAUCGAUGACGGCACGCCCUUGUCCAUGGGCGUCCUCAUCGUCUCCGCCGCCGCCUUGUUCAUCGGCACCGGCUACAUCGCCCUCGACACGGGCUUUUCCUGGACAAACUAUUGGGACAGCAGCUACCGGCCACCGAACCGAAACAUCGCCCUCUACGUCCUGUAUCAGCUGAUACCCCUCAUCUUCCUCGUCGCCUUUUUCGUCCUCGAGACCAUCCUCGUCCUCGUCGUCCUCGGCGAGGUGCGGCCGAUGAUCUACCUGACGGCCGCCGCCCUCCUGUUCGCCCUCGGCCAAAUCUUCAACUACGCCAUCAGCAAGUACAUAUGCAGCGGCACCGGCGGCAAGAUUGACGGCGCUCUCUUCGAGACCUUCUUCACCCUCCUUUCCGUCGUCAUGGUCUGGAUCUUUUGGUCGAGCAUCACCGAGGAUGACUGGCCCAUACAGAGCACGGCGACGUACCCAUGA